ACAUCAGUACGCACGUAUUAUAUAUCUUAUUUUCCUCCCUGUAGUAGUACUACUUAAAGAUCGAUGUGGUCUGUUUGGCUUUCUGUCAUUAGCGGCCUGCUUAUAGUGUUUUCCACCCAUUGGCUUUAUAGGUGGAGGAACCCUAAAUGUAAUGGAAAAUUACCACCCGGCUCUAUGGGCUUCCCACUUAUUGGGGAGACCCUCAGUUUUAUGGUCUCAAACAAGUCCAUAGACACACCACUUUUCGUGAAGAAAAGGAUGGAGAAAUAUGGGCCAGUAUUUCGGACAAGCUUGGUCGGACGGCCGGUUGUGGUAUCAUCUGAUCCUGAAUUCAACUAUCAAGUUUUCCAACAAGAAGGAAAACUGGUUGAGCGAUGGUACAUGGAUUCCUUCUCAAAGCUUCUGCAGGGCCUAGACGCAUCAGGAAUUAAUGCCCACAAGAACAUUCACAAGUACCAGCGAAAUAUGAUCUUGGGUACCUUCGGUACCGAGGCUCUCAAGGAAAAGUUGCUGCCCAAGUUGGAAGAUGCCAUAAACGAAAAGUUGCAGUGUUGGUCUAAGCUUUCCAGUUUGGAAGUGAAAAAAGGCACUUCAGCUAUGAUCUUUGAUUUUACAGCAGCGCAGCUAUUCAGUUAUGAACCAAACAAAUCUGGGGAAAAUAUUGGUGAAUCUUUCGACAACUUUCUGGAAGGACUCAUGGCAUUCCCCAUCAACAUCCCUGGUACUGCUUAUCAUAAAUGUCUACAGAACCGGAAGGCGGCGGUAAAAAUAAUAACCAACACGCUAGAAGAAAGAAAACGUAAUCCUGAAAUUCGCAAAGGAGAUUUUCUUGAUCAGAUUUUGGCCGACAUGAAAACGGAGUCGUUCUUGACCGAAAAAUUCAUCAUCUACAUGAUGUUUGGGCUCAUCCUUGCAAGCUUUGAGACUAUAUCAGCAACUCUUACAUUAGCCAUUAAGUUAAUUACAGAUAAUCCUAAAGUUCUGCAAGAAUUAACGGAGGAACAUGAAGCAAUUCUUAACAACAGAGAAGAUGCCGAUUCUGGACUCACAUGGAAGGAAUACAAGUACUCCAUGACUUUUACCCAUAACGUUAUCAAUGAAUCACUUAGGCUGGCCAGUGUUGCUCCUGGAAUACUGAGAAGAACACUUCAAGACAUUCAAAUAAAUGGUAAUUAUUAG